AUGCCUCCGAAAAGAAAACGACCUCCUAGUCGUCCUCCAGAGGACCCUUCAAUGUCUGCUCCACCAUCAAGACGAGCGAAAAUGGUCGCUAAAGAUAGCAUCACGGUUCAAUUGGCUUCCGAGCAGAACGGACGAUCAGUUCUCACGUCGCCUUUUUCUAAUGGCACUUUUGACACAACUCUGGAUGUAAAGGGCGAAAAGACGGAGCCUCUUGAAGCUGGUCCGGAAGGUAGUGGCGGAUCCAACUCGGACGUGUGUGCGAUUUGUCUGGCACCGAGCGGUAGCGUACGAGUGGAUCGAUCUUCUGAACUUUCGAAGGCCAAUGAUCGUCUUGUAAAUGAAAUUUCGAAAUUGGAAAUGCUCAAGAGAGACGUGACAACAAGGGGAGAUCUCGUUGGGAACAUUGUUUUCCGUUCACUCAUUUACAAAGAUAAACUCGAAUGGAGUUCCAUUGAUCGCAAUGCAAUCAGGCGAAAGCCGACCGAGACAAAGGAAGAUUACGCAAGAGGACGUGACGCUGUUGUACGGGAGAUCAUCCUUUGGUGUUCAGAAAGUCAAAUUAAUUCCCCACAGUUUUCGCGCAAUCUUCGGCUCGUAGGGAUUUUUCCUGGUUACUUGGAUCGAUUCCAAUCGGAAUUGUUUGAAUUUGCAAGUAGUAUGUUGUCGUUGAGAGAUUUUGACAGAACGAGCGCAUAUAGCUCUCCAGAGCUUAGACAAACUCUCCAUCGUAGGAAUCGUCGGGGUAACAGUAAUCAAGAGGUGGUCAUGCUGAGUGACAGCGAUUCCGAUUCCGGUGUAAUUGCAUUAGAUAACGCACGAAAUUAUGGUCCUCGUAGUGAUGCUGGUGAUGAUGUGAUCGUUCUAAGCGAUAACAAUCAAACUGACGAUGAGCCAACUCGUGGUCGUGGAGAAAGUAACUAUGUUCGAGAUGAAGCCACGUCGUCAAAUUCCGAAGCUUCGAAUGCUGAAGACUUAUACGCUCGGCCAGCUUGCCUCCUUCCACGAUAUCCUUUUCUUCCUCAUGCUGGACCACUGCAUGUGGUUGAUGCCUUCGGAUCUUCUCGUGACCUUUUCCAGCAUCUCUUCACACCGUUUUUCUCGCGUAGUGAACAUCAACAUUUUCUUCGCUCUCUCGGCAUGUCUUCUGCUCCAGUAGAAAACGAUACGACGAUAGUUCUCUCUAGCGACGAUGAAAACGACAGGUCACCGACAACUGGUUUCGAUGGGCACUCAAGGCGAACAGGUUCGUCGCGGUCAGGUCAAGGUUCUUCUUCAUCGCAGGAUACGAUUACACCAAAUAAUAUUGCCUGGCUGUCACCAACAAACCACUCAAACCGGCCUGGAACGUCUCCGAUAGAGUCGCAAGUCUUGCCAAGUUCCUCUAGUUCAGCAAAUGCUAGACCACUGCAGCCAUCAGAAGCACCUCGCAAGCCGAAAUCAUUGUUUGUCCCUGGAUCCGCUAAGGGUUUGCUGCCCAAAGGACCGAUCGAAGUUAAAGGCGAAAACAAGCUUCUGGCGGCUUUAUGGCAAGAGAGACGCAAUCGUUAUGCCACUACUGGGAGGAUUCUGUCUGAUGAGGCUUCUACAUCAGCUACAAAUGCAAAUGUUGUCAGUGAAGAUCAGAAAGUUGGGAUCGUCUCCGCAGACCGAGAACUGGGAAUGGAAAAUGAAGUAAUGGAUUGUGCAGUCUCACAGAAUUUGAAUGACGAUGCUGGCGGCUCUACAAUAAUUAGAGACAACACCUCUGCACAUCUGGCAAUGCCGGGAUCAAGUGUUGGCUCCUCUGGAGACAGUAUUGUCGAGCUUGACGUUCCACUAUCUUUGUCAAAAGCUGAAGAGGGCACGAUCGUUCCCGGUGUUGGAACUCUAGAAAACGUUCAAGGCGAAAGAGAAAAAAGGGCCUAUGACUUCCUUAUCGAAAUGAAACAGUAUGAAGAAAAUAGGCGCAGAAGGGAGUCAUCUCACAAUCAAAAGGAUUACGCUAGGGAACGAAGGCCUCGGCGGACAUAUUCUAGCUCGAGUAACAGCGUAUCAAGUCGUGGACACCGCGAUGACUUCGAAAGAAUGGAAAGGCUACAAGCAAGAAGUCGAUCACGUUCUGUGUAA